AUGACCCUCCGCGCACUGCUGAGCCGCGUGUUUACGCUCCUUUUCCCCAUCACCCUCGCGGCCUCCAUCUAUCUUUACCUAUACCCUAUAAUCAAUGGCUGUGGCUUCCCACUCCCCCAUGGCUCUGCGCCCAGAGAGUCCAGCAAUUCUUCAAGGCUGACCGCCUGGGAACGAAAUGUCGCAGUCAACACCUUCCUUCAACACGUUCGCGCCCCGCCUGUCGCAUCGGACCCUCAGCCGGCCAUUUUCCGACUGCUGGUCCUCGCUGAUCCACAGCUGGAAGGCGACACGUCUCUCCCAUUUCCCGAGUGGAAGCUGUGGCCGCGCUUACGUACCCACUGGCGCGCAACUCAAGAUGCCGUAUCCGAAGCCUCGUUCACGAUGCCUAUUCACCAAAUCCCCACGGAUCCAAGCGUUCUGAAUAACAUCACCGUAGGAGUGAAGACAUUCUUGACGGAGGACAUCCCCCGGUCACUGCGUGCCACUCUGAAGCAAGUCGAUCUCGUUGGCAACGACUACUACCUCGCACACAUCUAUCGCACGCUCUUUUGGUGGACUCGACCAACCCACACGACAGUGCUGGGCGACCUUCUCGGGAGCCAGUGGAUCGAUGAUGAGGAGUUUUCGCGGCGUAGUAGGCGAUACUGGCAGCGUGUGUUCCGUGGCGCACAGCGGGUAGACGAUCAAAUCACCCAGACAGGUGCACGGACGGGUGAUCAAGGCCCUGCUCAGCAGGCGCUGGAACCUUUGGGACUCGGGGCUGAUCCCGCCUGGCCGCGGCGAAUCAUUAAUGUGGCUGGGAAUCAUGACAUCGGGUAUGCGGGCGAUGCGAAUGAGGCGCGAAUCGAGCGCUUUGAGCGCGAGUUUGGCCGCGUCGACUGGGAUAUUCGUUUCCAGCAUCCGCCCGUUACUGUGUCGGACGGGUCGACGGUCACGCCGACUUUGCAUUUGAUCAAUUUGAACACGCUGCUCUUUGAUACGCCGGCCUUGUCUCAGGAUCUCCAGUCUCGCAGUUACUCUUACCUGAACGAUUUGAUCAGUCAUCGCCUGUAUCCAGUGGAGGACCGGUCGACCUUUACGUUGCUCCUCACACAUUUACCCAUGCACAAAGAGGAAGGAAUCUGUACGGAUGGACCCUUGUUCACCUUCCACGAGGAAGAUGAUAGCGAAGGCCCGGAGGAUGUGCCACGCUGGCACGCGGGUGGGUUAAGAGAGCAGAACCACCUGAGUGACCAUAUCAGCGCAAGUGGUAUCUUGCAGGGAAUCUUUGGAUUGAGUGGAGAUGCGAAUGCAGCUUAUGGAGGCUACGGCCGGAAUGGAGUCAUUCUCACGGGCCACGACCACACUGGCUGCGAUGUUAUUCAUUAUGUCAACCGCACCCUCACCGGCACCACCGCGUCGCACGACGGAUCGAUGGAAGAAUCGGACGGCUCAUCGUCCAGUCUCAACUGGCGGUGGUCCGCCCAACGCUUCAACAAGUACCGACCGGAGAGGCCGACUGGGCCCUCUAUCCGUGAAGUGACCCUGCGCGCUAUGAUGGGCGAGUUUGGAGGAAACGCCGGCCUUCUUUCUGCAUGGUUCGACCUUGACCAGGGGGAGUGGAAGUAUGAGAUCAGCAUGUGUCCGGCAGGAGUCCAGCAUUUCUGGUGGACGGUUCAUGUGCUCAUCCUGGUCACUUUGAUCGUGGGUAUCCUCGCGUUCAUUGCCAAGGUACACGAGAACGGCGGGCUAUCCGUUGCGAACCCAAUGCGCUCCCUUGCGGCGCAAUUAAAGGGAGGCGAUCACAAUGGGAAAUCUCCAAUGGGUAAAAUCACCUAUGGGUAG